GACGAAUCUGUUCUUGACUUUCACGUGGAAGAAAAUCUUGGAAAUAGAGAACCAAAGGAUUUUUGGUUAGAGAUGAGACAUAAUUCAAAUAUUAAUUAUUUGGCCAAUAAAACUAAUUCUAUCAAUCAAACCAUGAGAUCUACGAUGGCAAUUUUAUCAGGCCUACUCUAUUAUCAAGAAUCCAUCAUAGAUACCAGCACAACUGAAGAUUCAAGAAACACACCUCGUACACCAAGAGGAUCUACACCACAUUCAAAAAGAGGUCGUGUUACACUUUCACAACUAUCUCCCACCAGGAAGACUCGAAGCCAAUCACUAGCAUCUGCAUUACAAGAAAACCCCCUUCCAACCAUGACCAAAAACGAAACCUCUAGUGAAACUUAA